AGGCCCCCUGCCAAAUCAGCGGACGUUGGGCCGCUACUUGGAGGUUUCGCAGAUGCGGAGAAUGUGGAGUAAAUGGGGCUCCUCGUCCUCUCCCAUUGUCAUCUUGGUAUCCCACGGCGUCCGGGCGUUGUGUGGAAUUGCAAUACACUCCUACAUGGACUAGUUUCCGCGGCAUUUUUCCCGGAGGGAGAUAUGGAAAUCGGGCUCUUACUGGACCAGCUAAGCGUAAUUUGCCUAUGCGUUGUAUCAUUCAAGCAUUUCCUUUGUCAAAAGCGCCUGUUCACUGGCUAUUGAUUUAUUGGGCAGGGCCUAUCAGCUUGCUUUUACGUUCUGCAGUCAGGCUGCGGCAGAUGUCCAUUGAGGUGUGUAUUUGCGAUCCUGGUCUAGGCCAAUCUGGGGGAAGCGCUUAUGCGACCCCAAUCUCAAGUCAACAACACAUCUUGGUCACCAACAACCUCGUCGCCUUCUCACCUCGAUCACCUCAUCUUCUCCUUUAUAUCCAGAGUCGUCAUGGGUGCUAUAAGAAGCGUUUUGUUGUUCGGACCAAGACGGUGCUGCUACUAUUCCUUCCGGGAGCGCCCAGGACUCCUAAGCGCCCGGCAAAGUUAGUGCUCACAUGUCACCGAGUGCGAAGCAUGGUCGUCACUGGAGAAACCGAUGAACCAAUCUCACGAUGGUUAAAAUGAUUACGAUGGUUGAAAUGAUUGGGAUAGAUAUCUGAGGCCGUUUCAUCGUUACACUAACACUACCCGGGAUCCGACACUGCUACUCGCCGCUGACCCUAACCAGUCGUUUCCAGCGCUCGGCCAGGUCGCCGCCAUGUCAACCCUGCCAA